AUGCUGUCUUCAUACCACAGUCUUCUCCGCACUAAUACAUUCCUUUUCGUGUUCUCCUCAGGACGAUUACUUGGGUUUCCAAACCCCCUACCGAAGCAGACCACUGAAGAUAUAAUACGAUCUUUUCUGCACCACUUUGACACCACCAACUUGCCGUCCGUCGAGGAUGCUGCACUCGAGGAUCUUUGUUACAAAGAGGCCGUCCGUCGAGGAUAUGCCGUCGACGUGCUCAGGCCCUACCUAACGGUUGGGCUCAACAUCACCGCUUCUGCGUACCACCACCUCGUCGAUGACAACAUCAAAGUAUAUAUUGUCUUCUUCACCGCAUUCGCGACAUACUUCGACGACGUGUAUCCUGAUGACCCCGACGCCCUGAUCGGUGUUCCUGCUUUUACAAAGAUCCUAGCAGGAACCUCUUAUCUCUUUGGCGAAGUCGCUGCUGACUUUAUCGUCCAAGCGGCACUCAGAUUCAUCACUUCUUUGAUCCUCGAGAUACGAAGUAAAUCUGAACCGGUGAGUACCCUUAUCUCUCUGACAAAUGGCACACUUACUCAUCGACCGAGACAGACACACAAAGUCGACAAAUACGCCAUAUUUCUUCGCGAGCUAAGCGGGAUCGCCGAAGCCUACGCCGUGUUCAUGUUCCCCGCCGAGCUGCCGUAUAACCUGUAUGUCCAAGCUCUCCCUUUCCUACGCGAAGUCAUCAAUUUCACAAACGACAUCACUUCGUUCUACAAAGAGGAAUGUGAGGAUGAGGAGCACAACCUCAUAUCGAUUUUGGCGGAAGCCAACGGCGAACCAAAGAGCCAGGCUCUUCUUUCCGUGGUGAAAAGGUGUCUCCAAUCACAUGAGAGAGUUUUGGGUAUCUUGUCACCGCACGAGGAAGUGCGUAGUAAAUACGAAGAGUUCCUGAAAGGGUAUUUGGCGUUCCAUCUGGGCGCGAAGAGAUAUAGACUUUUUGAACUGAAUUUGUAG